GUCCCCAAUGCGAGGUGCGCGGUCGCGCGUCAGUUCGUGGUCACUUAUUCCCGAGCGAGGCACAGUGCUCGAUCGAAUCGCUCGUCAAGUAGGCCAAGCUUAGGACAGCUCAGGCAAAGUCAAGCUGGGCGUUUACAACUUGAUUGCGAUUACCUAUCUGUCCAUUUCUGGCAGGUCAACCUACUUCCGCAGAGCCCGCCCUUCCAACCGCCGCAAUGGAGCAUGGAUGACCGCGCAAGGAAUCCUAUAAAAUCAUUUGCGGCUCUCUGACGUUUGUAUCACAGUUGAAUUUCAUUGCGCUGUCUUGUGUAGCGGCGACAACGCCGCUUUAUUUGCUUGCAGCAACGCGCGCAGCUUGCGCUCGGGGCGCCGUUCACUUGCCUUAUCGCUACAAGGUAGGGAAAACCUCCUGCGCAUGUAAGGUUCUGGAGGUCGUUGUGAUCUGCUCGCAGGCAGUCAGGGCAGCGUUCCGGUUUUCACCGCGUUGCGCGCCCGGAAGCUGAAAGCACGGCCUUUGCUCUUGUGCAACAUAGUAUGCUUUAUAGCAUCAGCUGAAGAUCAUGCCGCCGCUGUGUGCAAUGCAAUGGUGCAGUGAGGCCGACGGUCACCAUAAUGAAGGCUCCCAUGCUUGCCGCGGCGCUGCUGGUUGCGCUGCUUGCCGGGUCGCACGUUGCCGCCCAGCCGCGCCCUAUCAAGGUUGGUGUGUUCACCUUUGACGCCAGGGACGACCCCACCACCUUGGCCGAGUCCGUGUCCUUCGUUGAGGGCUCGUACAUGGCCAUCGCCGACCGCGGCUACAAGGUAAACACUGUGACUAGCCCCGCCGGCUGCGACACGGACAACAUCGCGAAGGAGGUCGAGCGCCUGGUCAAGGAGGAGAAGGUUGUGGCCAUCAUUGGCCCCAUCUGCUCCGGCGCCGUCCUGGCCGCAGCCCCCACCAUCAACGCCCUCAAGGUCCCCGCCAUCACCGCUAGCGGGGGCGCCCUCGCCAUCAGCACCGCCGGCCCCUACAUUUACCGCUCCAUCCCCAACGCUAAAACCUACCUGUUCACCCUGAUGAACUACCUGGCACCCAUGUUCCCGACUAUGGCCAUUCUGUACGACGACUCCAUUCUUGGCCUGGACUUCAAGAACCUGGCCACCCAGUACUACACUGCCAAGGGCGGCAAGGUGGUGUCCAGCGUGAUGUUCGCGGGCAACUCCACCACCGCCCACGUGGAGGACCUGACCAAGCAGGCUGCUGCCGCCAAGCCCUCCCUGCUGUUCUACAUGGCCACUAGCGCCAUCUUGCCCGAGCUGGAGGGAGCCUUCAUCAAGGCCGCCCGCGCCGCGGACCCCAAGCUCCCCAUUGUCAUGCCCAACGGCUUCGAUGUGCUGACGAAGCAGGAGUUUGAGGUCGUGGGUGCCAACGGCACCAAGUCCUACCCCGCGCUAGGCGGCAUCUACACCUCUGGCGAUGUGAUCUUCCCCAAGGCCAACGCCCGGUACUCGUCCAUGUUCGGCAUUGACACCAUGCCCACCCUGGGUGGCUACGGCUACUACGCCACGGCCUACGACGCCAUGAGCGCCAUCAUCACGGCGGCGCAGGAGUCUGGCUACAACAAGCUGAAGAACGUCAACAAGAUGAUGUCGGCCAAGAGCUUCACCUUCCGGCGCUACAACGGCAUGAUGGGCAAGUUCGACGAGAACGGCGACAUCAUUGCCGAGGCCCAGGUGCAGCAGUUCAGCGCUGUCACCGGCGACGCCGAGCCGAUUGCUGCCUAAACAGCAGCAGCAAAUAACAACUGAAAUGCAGUGGGAAGCUGCAAGGGGCAGGGUCGGCGACGGCUUCAUGCAUGAGUCCACACAUGGUCGACAGGCGGACCACAAGGGCCGUGCAGCCGCCGCAGCUACGGCGGCCGUUGCGCGCGCGCUGUCACCGGUAAUUCCCCGCCCGUAGCCGCAUCCGCAAGUCACCCUUUCCAUGUAUCUGCAUGGUGCAAUAGCACGGAAGAAAACAGAGCAAGCAAUAAUCCUUUGCGGGACCGGGAGCCUAUUACAGGGUGGGCUGUUCAAUUGUUAAUUAAGUUCGGAUGUGAACCUUGGGGCUCGGGAUGCGUACGGCAAUGCGUGUUGAUCGCGUGGCAUGGGGGACGGACCUACCACUGGCACAUGCGCCGUGGCGUUUUUUUGUCGGCUUGUAAGCGAGCUCGUUGUAUUGCGGCUAGUACGUUUGUAGCAGGUGUGCGCGCGGUCAUGUGGGCGGAACGGAACGCCCAUAGGAUCCAGACACGAUGUGAGGCACGGCCGAUGGUGUCAUGCACACGCCCAGCAGUGUUAGUUCCGGCCAGUUGUAAUAUCGUAGCAAA